AGUUGAAAUUUUUAAGUCUUGAGCCCUUCCACGUAGCAAGCUGUUAAUAAAGACACUUGAUGUAUGAACUAACACAGAAGCUAAAAGUUCAAGUUUACAAGGUAAGACUAUUACAUAGUUCUUUUCCGGGAAGCCAGUGAAGAAAAGGAAAUCGGUUGUUUCCGCCCGGUUUCGAACCGGGGACCUUUCGCGUGUUAGGCGAACGUGAUAACCACUACACUACGGAAACCUCGUUGAAGAAAAGGUCUUGGAAAUCCUUCAUAUUGUUAGAAGUUGACGAGGGUUUCAGAAACGUGGAGCGUGCCUCUCCUCCUACGGCAACUUUCCCUUGCCCCAUCUUUCCACCUUUCUUAGUUUCUAAGGCGCAAAGCAGGGGUUCCCGAUUACCCGUGGACCGACACCCAUGAACCAGACAGAGCUCAACGGCUUUGGGAAACAUAACUAUUUUUACGGCUCAUCGAGGUAUUAGAGAAGGGUUAGAUUUAUAUUUUGAAGAGUUAAGUCGGUUUUUCUUGAUCUUGGUAUUCCUGGAUUCCAGGGAGUUGGGAAGACACAAUCGAGGGUGGUACUUGGGAGCUCACCGUGCAUCCGGAGCCUAUGGGCCCGAGGCUCUCCGGCCCCCAGCCGGCACUAGCAGAGCUCAGGCCCCGCGGGACCUUGCAUGGGCCUCUGUGACGCGGCAUUCCAGGCCGUCAGCCCCGCGCAUCACUGGGGCCUUCUUUGUAAAGCCGCCCAGGGUCUGCAUCGCGCACUGUCCGCCCUCCCGGCGCAGCCCGCAGCCAGGGCAGUGGGAGCGGCCGGGCGGCAGGAGGAGGCGGCAUGAGCUACCACCAGGUACCGGUGGUAAUCGACAAUGGCUCGGGAGUGAUCAAGGCGGGCCUGGCUGGGUCCCGGGAGCCCCAUUUUGUCUACCCGAACAUUAUUGGCCGCGCCAAAGGCCAGAGCUGGGCGGCCGAGAGCGCGCGGGAACUGUGCGUGGGCGACCAAGCUCAGGACCGGAGGAACUCGCUGUCUGUCAGCUACCCAGUAGAGCGUGGUCUCAUUUCUUCCUGGGGGGACAUGGAAGUCAUGUGGAAGCAUAUCUAUGACUACAACCUGAAGCUAAAGCCCUCUGAUGGGCCGGUUUUGAUUACGGAGCCAGCACUGAACUCACUGGUCAACCGGCAACAGAUCACUGAAGUGUUUUUUGAGCAUCUAGGGGUUCCUGCCUUCUAUAUGUCCAUUCAGGGGGUUCUAGCUCUCUUUGCUAGUGGCUUUACAACUGGCUUUGUGCUGAAUUCAGGUGCUGGGGUUACCCAGUGUGUGCCCAUCUUCGAGGGUUACUGUCUGCCUCAUGGUGUCCGGCAGCUAGAUCUGGCAGGCCUUGACCUCACCAACUACCUCAUGAUGCUGAUGAAGGACCAUGGCAUCAUGCUGCUUAGCACUGCAGACAGAAAAAUUGUCACAGACAUUAAGGAAACUUCUUGUUAUGUGGCAAUAAACUAUGAAGAGGAAAUGGCCAAGAAACCCAACUGUAUAGAGAAAGUUUACCAACUACCUGAUGGGAAAAUGAUCAAGCUCCAUGAACAGCUCUUUCAGUGUCCAGAGGCACUCUUCUCUCCCUAUCUCAUGAAUCUGGAGACCCCUGGCAUUGAUAAGAUGUGCUUCAGCAGCAUAAUGAAAUGUGAUACAGAUCUGAGGAAUUUAUUUUUCUCCAAUAUUAUACUUGCUGGGGGAUCAACUUCUUUCCCUGGUUUAGAGAAGCGGCUAGUUAAAGAUAUAGCAAAGGUGGUGCCUGCCAAUACCCCUGUGCAGGUUACAGCUCCCCCAGAAAGGGAACUAUCUGCGUGGAUGGGAGGAUCUAUGCUUGCAUCACUGUCUGCCUUCCAGGAUAUGUGGAUCACUGCUGCAGAAUUUAAAGAAGUUGGACCCAACAUAGUACACCAAAGAUGCUUCUGAAUGUGGAUAAUCUGAUAAGGAGAAAAAUGUUUUGAGUAUAUGUGACAGAAAACUUUGGGUAUUAUGUGUUUCUGGAAGAACAGAGAAUUUUCAAUUAUUGUAACAUCCAUGUCUCUGUUGCAUUUCUAUAAUGGGGGAAAAUAAUGGUUAGGCACUCAACAUUUAUUGAGUAGAACUAAAUUAAAUGCUAGAGGAAACA